AUGGCGGCGCGCCGGGGACUGGAAGACGGUGCCGCGCCGCCCCCAGGAGGGGGCCCCGGACCAGGCCCGGGCGGCGGGAUGCACGGCGGCAAGCGUGGGUGCUGCAGCCGGAGCCCGGCGCCCCCAGGAGUCUCGGAGAGCCCUAGGGGCCGGCAGCAGGUUCUGCUGGAAGAGGAGGAGGAGGAAGAGGCUGGUUUCUUUGGCCUGUCGCAGCAUGAUUUAUUUGACCUGGAUGGAGAUGAUGAAGAAGAGAUGUUCCUACAGGAUGAGGUCCUGUUGGAGACCAUGCAAAACUAUAUGGAUGCCUCUAUUAUCUCCAUUAUUGAAGACCUAAGUGGUGUUGGAGAGAACAGCAGAGUGACCUUGGAGGACCAGAAUGAAGUGUCUCUGCUCACAGCCCUCACUGAGAUACUUGACAAUGCUGAUUCUGAGAAUCCAUCACCCUUUGACACCAUUCCUGACUCGGAGUUGCUCGCAUCUCCCCGAGAGAGUGCUUCGUUGCACAAACUGCUGGGUUUUUCUCGUACAUCCCCGGAAAGUGAUGUGGAUGACCAGUGGGGACCCAAGACACACAGUGUGACCCCCGCUAUUGGCAGAGUUGAGAUGUGUCUCUCUGAUUCCUCCUGGGAUCUUCCACCAUCUCCCUUCUUGGAAGCAUCAUCCCCAAAGAUCCCAGGGUGGAGGACCCCAAGAUCCUGGCCCCGAUGGGGUCAGCUUUCUCCUCUGCAGCGCAGUGACGGAGAAGAGGAAGAAGAUGCCAGACUCAGUAGAGACAGAGUCACAGCUGUGGACCCCUCCAUAGACAACACCGAAGAUUUCCCUAUGCACUUGGCCUGCCCUGAGGAGGAAGAGGAAGAAGAGGCUGCCCCAGUGGGAGAGGAAAGCAUCUCCUCUCUGAGUGAGCUGGUGAGGGCCAUGCAUCCAUACUGUUUGCCAAGUCUUGCUGUUUGCUUGGAUUCCCCUGGGGGAGAGCCGGAACAGGCUGAAGAGUUAAUGCUGGCUGAAGGGGGCAUGGUUCUGGAGAUCCUGGGCCAGGGCUCCAUGGCUGGAGAGGCUCUGGAGAUUCCAGUCGUCCUGCGCCAUCUCCCUCCCUCAGGUCAGCCCAUAGAAGAUCUGAACCCUGACCUUACUCAGCAACUGCUAGAAUGUGACAUGGAAGCUGAGGUCCCUACCUGUGGAGAACAGUCCUUUCAGAAAGAGCCAACAGCCCCAGGCAGCCUUGAAGGUGGGAAGGAGAAGGAGCUGACAUGCCCGGCCCGGCCCCAGCCGAAAGUGAUCCCAGCAUCUGUUGACAGCCCCAAAGGACCCUCUGCAGAUGUGUCCUCAGAUGCACAGAAAGGCCAAAAGGGCCACAGGAGUCGGAGAAAGAAGAGUGAAGUUCAGUUAUUGCCAGACCAGGAUGAGGACAGGACCUGUGUUCGAAAGCUCAGGUCUUCUUCCCGAAGCCAAUCCAUACCUGAUAGCCAGUCCUCAGAACAGCCCCUGGAGGGGAUCUGCAGGGUGGCCCAGUCUGCCUGUGGUCGGAGAAAACUCCGGACCACUAUAGCUGAACCCAAAAUAGUGUCAAGUCUAGGAACCCCAGACUUCACAGAGCCUGACUCUACCCCACAGAACCCCAUUGGACAGUCUGGUCUGGCCAAAGAGGAGCCACCGACUCUGUGCCCAAGCAAUGGUGAGACGUCCUUGUCCUUGUCCUCGGUGAAUGGUGACCAUUCACAGACCCCAGAGCCAAGCUUUGAGGUCACCAGCCCCCAAAGUGAGAGAAUUUCAAGCCCCCCAAAAGCAGAACACAGUGCCAACACCGUGCCCCAGGAAGCCAAGCCCCGACCCCUGAGCCUGUCUGAGUACUGGCAGCGAAGACAGCAGCGCCAAGCAGGUGAUCAAGUGCCAGAGCCCCAAACCCCAGCUGGAAAGUGGCCCAGCAUCCCAGUGACACCUACAGAGCUGGCAGAGAUUCCAUGCCUCAUCGUCCCCUCCAAGACAGUGGAGCAGCCUACUGCCCCUGGAGUGGCCCGGCAGAGGACAGCCCAGCCACCAGGCCUCAAGCCCUGUAGCAUGGCUUCCUCUGAGACUGACCUCCCCUUGCCAGCCAAACAUAAAUCUCUAGUGAGGCAAUCUGUGCCCCCCACCAUGCCCAUACCCCCAACUGUGCCUCCUGUAGUGCCCAUGUCCCCGGCUAUGCCUCCCACAGUGACUCUUCCCCUGACAAUGCCCAGGCCUCCAGCUCUGCCACCUGCAGUGCCACCCAUGGUGCAGCUUCCCUCCAGUGGGCAGGCGAUGCCCAAUUUGCUUCGGCCACCCCUUCCCCUCCCCUGUCUCCCAAGACCUCCCGAUUCCUAUGCCCAGUUUGCCCCAGUGCCUUCCUGGCCCUGUUACCCCUCUGUGCCACCAUCUGUUAACUAUCCCGGCUUGCCAUCCCCAGUGCCAGGCACACCCAAUGCCUAUCCAGUACCCACUACUCCUGCUGUGCCUUGGGCUCUACCUCCUGCCCCAGUGACGGCUUAUGGUUCUGAUCAUUCUUAUGGGCCUAUGAGCUGGGGUCCAGGACCUCGGCCUCCUUACUGGCCAGCUUUACCCCCAACGCCAUUGCCUCCUCCGCCACCACCACCUCCUCCCCGCCUAGCUAAGAGUAUCCCACUCCCCUCUCAGGGUCCUGACAGUUUCUCCACUGGGAUCCCCGAAAGUAUACCUGCCUCCAGUGCAGUGUCUGUGAUUCCCCCACCUAGCCUUGUGCCAACUUCCCAGGAAGGCCCUCAGGCAGCACCCUCGAGAGCAGAGGGCAAGCAAGGGCCAGCACCUCAGCAGCCCUUGAGGCCCUUGUCUCCUAGACCCAAAUCAAAGCUGGCCACUCCUGGGAGUCCAGAUUCCAGAAAGAAAGGGGCUCCUGUUGAGGACCCUGUGGUUCAAAAGGGCCAGCCCCAGCCAGAAGGUUUUGCCCCCCAGAAGGCCCAGACCGAAGCCAAGGAGAGUGGGCAGAGUGAGUCACCAUCAGUCCCUGCAGACAGUGCUGUGUCUAUGCCAAAGCAGUGCCAAGUGACCAAGAUGCCUCCUGUCCAUCCAUCCCGACUUCGGAGACUCAGCUUCCUAUCUCCUCCCCCACACAGCCAGGGUUCUGAGGAUGUGGUACAAGCUUUUAUCAGUGAGAUUGGAAUUGAAGCAUCUGACCUAUCCAGUCUUCUGGAGCAAUUUGAGAAGUCCGAAGUUAAAAAGGAGUGUAUUCCUCUGGGACCUGCUGAUACCUUAGCUCUAGGAAAUUCAGGCAGAGUUGACAACUCCCAGGAGAAGCGACCUCUUGACCGGUUACAAGCCCCAGAGCUGGCCAAUGUGGCAGGCCUGACCCCUCCUGCCACUCCACCUCAUCAGCUCUGGAAACCUUUGGCUGCAGUCUCAUUACUGGCCAAGCCAGGUUCCCCUGAUUCCCCUACCCAAGACCGAGUACUGAAGCCAGGGGGAAAUGUGGAUUCCCAACGUCCGGCUGCAGUUCGUCUCCGAGGUCGGGUCCCAGGACCUAGCCCAGUACAUGUGGGCUCUGGGGACCAUGACUAUUGCAUCCUGAGCCCUACAGUGACCACAGGGCCAGAGCUGGGAUCCCGCUGGAACGUCAAACGACAUCAAGAUAUUACCAUUAAACCUAUCCUUUCUCUGGGCCCUUCAGCUGCCUUGCAGGUCUGCCCAGCCAUGUGUCAGAAACAGCAGCUGGACCAUAGGACUAGUGAAGAACUAGAAGCAACCCCUCCAGCCCCAACCUCUACCCCUGCCCAGCAACCUUCUGUGCUGCUGUCCCCAGAGGCUUCACCUGGCCGGAAUGAUGACACUAGGACUCACCCUGGGCCUUUGGCCAAGCAACCGGUGCACUGUUACCAGAAGGCCUGUGCUCCAUCCAGCCCCCCUGGCUGUGGUUGGGUGGGCCGCAGCAGCCGCUCAUGCUCCAAUGGGGCUAGUGAGGCAUCUUCCUCCUCUUCCUCUUCCUCCUCCUCCAGAUCCAGGUCCAGGUCCCGUUCCCAUUCUCAUUCCCGGUCCCGGUCUCGGUCCCGGUCCAUUUCCCCACCACCCAAGAGGUGGCGAAGGUCCAGCUGUGAUUCCUGGGGACACUCUAGACGGCGAUCCUCCUCGUCGUCUUCCUCCUCCUCCUCUUCCUCUUCCUCUUCUUCUUCAUCUUCAUCCAGUUCUCGAAGCCGGUCUCGUUCUCCAUCCCCCCGAAGGAGGAGCAAUAGGAGAAGGAGGUACGACUACUAUGAUUCCCAGGACCACUACCAAAGGCAGAAAAUUCUUCAGAAGGAACGUGCAAUAGAGGAAAGGAGGGUGGUCUUCAUUGGGAAGAUUCCAGGCUGCAUGACUCGGUCAGAGUUGAAACACCGGUUCUCAGUCUUUGGGGAGAUUGAAGAAUGUACCAUUCACUUUCGCUUUGAGGGUGACAACUAUGGCUUUGUUACCUACCGAUAUGCUGAAGAGGCAUUUGCAGCCAUUGAAAGCGGUCACAAGCUUCGGAGGGCAGGCGAGCAGCCCUUUGACCUUUGCUUUGGGGGCCGAAGGCAGUUCUGCAAGAGGAACUAUGCAGAUUUGGACUCCAACUGGGAGGAGUUUGACCCUGCCCCUGUGAAGAGCAAAUUUGAUUCAGUCGACUUUGACACAUUACUAAAACAGGCCCAGAAGAACCUUCGGAGGUAACCCUGGGCCUCCAGCCCCUGUCCCUCCAGAGGUCCCUCCCCUUUGGCCCCCCUCCCCCCCUCGGAGCACCCUUUGCUUCUGGAUGAGGAGGGAAGAGCUGCUAGUGAGAUGGCUGUUUUAUAAAGAAAUGGAAAAUAAGUGGAAUUAAAAAAAGUAAAAUGAGAUUUUUCUAAAAAAAAAAAAAGAAAGUUUUGUUUUUAUAAAAAGUAUUUAACAGAAUUUGCAUUCCUUGUGAAGUGGGUGGUGCCUACUGCAUGGGCUCCUCAUUUGGGGAAAGUCUAAAUCACUAUGCGGAUCAAUAAACAAAAGAAAGGAAAAUC